GACUUGAAUGAACUUGAAAAAAGUCAAAACUUAAAAUUUGAACCAACUCAUCGAAACUCUGACCGAAGGAGUUUCGCCCCCGACAUAUUAUAAUUUAUUCGUAACUGAACAGUUUAAUAUUGUAUAAGAAAUUAAUAACAAAAUGGGUUCCUUAGUAAAGAGUGCAUUGAAUCAGCUUAAAAGUAAAGAAUUUAGGGAUUAUUUAAUGAGCACACACUUUUGGGGUCCAGUGGCUAAUUGGGGUAUACCAUUAGCAGCAAUAGCGGAUACUAGGAAGGAUCCCAGUUUCAUUAGUGGAAAAAUGACAUUUGCUCUCACGCUGUAUUCGAUGAUGUUCAUGAGAUUCGCGUGGAAGGUACAACCGCGGAAUCUUCUACUCUUCGCUUGCCACUUCACCAACACGUGCGCCCAGCUCACCCAGGGUGGGAGUAUAACUCCAUCGUUCGAAGUUAAAUAAAGUCCUCGCACGCGUUCACGGUCCAUUGAGUCUCAAGUGAGAGUUGGUGAACGCACCCGACCCGCGUUUCCGAACGAGGCGCCGCCAUGACGCCGUCCGGUCGUCUAGCAACAUGGCCGAAAGCGUGGGAAAGAAAAGAUGGCGAUUUGCACAAAACACACCCAUUACCGGAUCUACUCUACUGUAUGUUACUUAUUGCUUUGCAUUUGUAUGGUGUAAUGACUGUGAAAAUUACUCUAAGAUGCCAUUCUGAAGUUUAAAUGGCGUUGUGUAAAUUAAAACGCAUUACCGACUGAUGCCCAGGAUCCUUGUAGAGGAUGUUUGGAGGGAACUUUAAAGCUAAAGAUAUAAAAAAAAUGGGCAGUAUUAAAUUGCCCGAUUAUAUGUAACUCUGGUGUUAAGUUUCAAAAUUAUUUUAGU